CUAUUUCCCCAUGUCUAUCCAGUCCUCUUGUUGGAGUCUAGGCUGCUCCUUAGCUUUUCCUCAGGUGUGCUUCUGUUCCUGAAUUCUCGCAACGCCAACAAAAAAUCCCGUAUCCGCGUGGGCAACGAGAGCUUGCAUCCGCUUUUCUUGACACAUCGAUCGGCCUCGCGCUCCCAUCUCGUGCUGCUCGCACUUCCUCUCAGCCAUGGGCUCGUUACAGAUCUAAGUCACGGGUUCCCUGUCUUGAGUCGCGACACCCUACAGCUAAUUUCUUAUUCUUGGCUACCCAGAAAGCAUAUUCUCUGUUUGACGACCAGUUACAGCAAGGCGGUCUUGAUCAUCUCUCUAAUGGCAAGCAAUAUGCUAAGUACGACUGCUCUUGGAAGAAAUUCGCCGCCCGUCGGCUUCAGUCAGGCUCAGUUGAACCAGCUAAUGGCUCAAAUUUACAUCUUCGCGCAUUUUCGGUGAGCGAUAUUCCGGCAUACUGAAACUUAUUCGACCUUGAGCUGAAGCGAUGAACCUCCUCAGAAGUCUCCAUAAUUUCACAGGAAGACUUCGUUCUCCUUGGGUGCUAAGAUCCCUAAUCACGUUCUGGCAGCGGCUGGUUGCGGUCUGCAGCAUGAGAGGCCGUCAGAGCUCCGAAGUAUAUGUCAAGAUUUGAGCAGAAUCGUUGCAUGGAGCAGGAAGAGGAAGGCGUCAACAGCAGUGAUUGAAGUGUAAAAUGGUACACGGCAGAGAACUUUCACUCUUGGAUGUACCGGUAAGUGCCAGUAUGGCUGUAUGACGAUUUUUUCGUCUCUACUGUAUGUGACAUGGAACUGUGGCAGUGGAGGAAUUUUGGUGCUUGGGCCUUUCACACAACCUGCAUGACCUGCGUAAAGCUUGAUGUAUUCUGAGUGCUGCAGCAGACACCCUGAAGGGCUGGAAAAGAGGGGACAAAAAUAGGCUAUACGUU